AUGGUUAUGUCGGCGAAUUUCUUCAAGUUGGACUCGCCGGAGUCUGACACGGAUGAAGAGAGUAAGGUUGCGGUUCAAUCUCAAGGAACUGAUGCAGAGCGCAACUCUAUGAAGAAGAAGAAGAAGAAGAAGAAGAAAGCAAGUGUUGAAAAACCUGAUUCUGAAGAUGGUGGAAAGAAAUCGAAGAAGAAGCACAAGAAGGUAUCUGGUGGUGAUGAGAUAGGAGACACUGAGAAAGCACUCGUCAACACUGAUGAUGAUGAUGAUGGUAAGAGAGAUACGGGAAAGAGAAAGCGUGUUGAUGAUCUGGGAGAUGCAGCACACAAGCCUAAGACUAAGAAGAAGAAAACUAGUGCGGAUUCAGAAAACAGCUUCAGCUCGGCAAAUAGCUCAAAGAAGAAAAGUAAGGAGAAGAUACAAAGUGAGGCUCAAGUUAACAACACUGACUGCACCAAAGAUGCUAAUCAGUUACAAACUGAGGAUCUUGAGGCUGACUUGAACACGUCUACCAAAGAUACAAAGAAGAAAAGGAAGAAGAAGCAAACUGAAGUUCCAGAGGUUGAAGAAGACAACAAGGACUCUACUGAAGACGCAGAGAAAACACAAACUGAGAAUUCAGAGGCUGGCUUGAACAAGUCUUCAAAGAAGAAGAAGCAAAUUGAUGAUCCAGAGGUUGAUGAAGACAACAAGACGCAAAUUGAGAAUUCAGAGGCUGGCUUGAAUAAGUCUACAAAAGUUCCAAAGCAGAAAAGGAAGAAGAAGCAAAUUGAAGCUUCAGAGGCUGAAGGAAACGACUUGAACUCUCCGGAAAUUGCAAAGAAGAAAAGUAAGAAGAAAAAGAAGAAGAAGAAUCAAAGUGAAGAUCCAGAGGCUGAACAAAACAACGUCAAGAAGCAAAAGGGUAGUAAGAGUGAUGAAAUUCUGACCACCCCAUCACCUAAAAGCGCUAAAAAGGUUAACUUUUCUGACCAAGUUGAAGUUUUUCCUGCUGAGUCUGAAGAAAGCGAUGAAGAAGAAGAAGAAGAAGAAGAAAAAGUUGACCUGGUGAGGGGUAAGCGUUUUACAGAGGAAGAGGACGAGCUGAUCAAGAAAUCUGUAUUGGAAUACGUUGAUAACCAUGCUUUAGGAGACGAAGGGAUUAACAUGGUUAUGAACUGCAAGGCACACAAACAAGUCAGAGGCUGCUGGAAAGAGAUAGCUACUGCUUUGCCUUGGAGGCCAUACACUGGCGUCUACUAUCGCGCACAUACUUUGUUUGAAGAAGGAUCUAAAGGGGUAUGGACCAAAGAGGAUUUGGAACUCGUUGUACAGCAUCAAAAGAAACGCGGCAACGACUGGAGAACUCUCGCGGAUGCCAUGGGGAAACACAGGAACCAUGUGAAAGACGCUUGGAGGAGGAUUAGACUGGCGUCCAAGAAGAGAGGACACUGGUCUAUGGAGGAGUACCAAAGCCUCUUUGAUCUUGUCAACAAAGACCUUAGGAUAAAAGUGUUCAAAGAGAAGCACUCGAAACAUGGGAUGCUGAGAGAUAACAUCCCUUGGAUGGCCAUAAGCGACGAGCUCGGAACAAGGGACCAUGCCGUCUGCUGCUUGAAAUGGUAUGAUCAGUUGACAUCACCGAUGGUGGCAAAGGGGAUAUGGGCUAACGUGGAUGACUAUAGGCUCCUGGACGAGCUUACGAAUCUGGAUGCUGCUUGUGUGGACGACGUGGAUUGGGAUAAUAUUUUGGAUAAUAGAGAUGGAGAUGUUUGUAGAAGUCGGUGGAACCAGAUGGUGAAUCAUAUCGGAAUACCUGGAAGCAAAACGUUUGCGGAACAAGUUGAGAUUUUGUCUCAGAGGUAUUGCCCUGACAUAGCUGAAGACAGAGAAGAUUUUGACAACAGACCUUUUGACCCCGAAGAUUAA